ACAUCCCAGGGACUGAGUGAUUGCAGAAACUGGCCUUCCUUUGCCUCCUGGACACCAAGCUAGAGACCCAGUUAGGCUCUUCCAGAGGAGUGAGGCCACCAUGGCUCUGAAGAAGUCCCUUAUCCUGUUCCCACUGCUAGUCCUGGUGCUACUGGUGCUGGGGUGGGUCCAGCCUUCCCUGGGCAAGGAAACUUCAGCCAUGAAGUUUGAGCGGCAGCACAUGGACCCAGGCAAUUCCCCCAGCAGCAGCACCUACUGCAAUGAAAUGAUGAAGCGCCGGAAUAUGACGGAUGGAUGGUGCAAGCAGGUGAACACCUUUGUGCACGAGUCCCUGGUAGAUGUCCAGGCCGUCUGCUUCCAGGAAAAUGUCGCCUGCAAGAAUGGGCAGACCAACUGCUACCAGAGCACCUCUAGCAUGAGCAUCACAGACUGCCGCCUCACAAGCAGCUCCAGCUACCCUGACUGCACAUACAAGACCACCAGUAAAGACAGUCACAUCGUUGUGGCCUGUGAGGGGGACCCGUAUGUGCCAGUCCACUACGACGCUUCUGUGGAGUAGUCCAGCUGAGGCCAGAGCAGUGAGAUGUUCCCCUCACACCUCAUCAUUUUGACACCUGCCUCUCCCCUCUUCCUUCCUUGUCCUGAAAGAAGUAACUCCAGGCAGGGUUCCUAUCCAACAUACACACAUUCCCCUCUCCUGAAUCUUGCCCGUGCAUGGUUUUGUGGGUGAGGAGUGGGUUGUGAGGUGGGGCCCAUGUCAACCACUUUACUGCCUCUUUCAAUAAAACACAGUUGCAACCACCUGA